UACAUAGUAGAAUAAAAAUAAAGGUUUAAAGAGCGAUAGAUCUCAAAUAUAUUAAGUGUAUAAUUUAUGACGAUAGAGAACCUGAGAGAACCUAUGCAUAGAUGCUAUUUAGUAAUUUAAAAUUUAAAAAAACGGUGUAUUAAAAUUGUGCCUUUACUCUGAUUAUUAUUUUAAUUUUUUUAUUGACACUACUUUAACAAAUGUCUCUUAGACUUUAUUUAAUAAGCAAACUGUAAACAAAAUAUACAUCUAUAAAAUGUAUAGAAAUCUGCUCUUUAACAGGCUUCCGGUAAAAUUAUUACACAGGGAGUACCAGCUACCAAAAGUCAGCUGUUUUAUAAAAGCACAUACAAAUAAUAAUUUGAAAGUUAGACGAAUUUCUAUAUCUGUAGUAUGCUGGAAGAAAAGACGAUCGGACGAAGAAAAGGCAGCAGUUAGUCAGGGUCGAUCGGCAAUCAGAUAUUCUCCAAAAGCUGGUUCAGAGGUUGUAGGGAUUUGGAGGAACAUGACAGUACAAGAUGUUGCUGAUGUGCUGAAAAAGGAUAUUGACCAUGUUUUUAAAGUGCUAAAUUUUGCUGACAAAACUGGAAUGACAUACAGAAAGGAUACAGUCAUACACAAUCCACAGGUGGUCAGGGACAUUGUCAAAAUAUCAGGAUGCAGAUUUAAGUUGGUAGCAAGACCUGAUGCUGAAAUCAAAGAUGAGGAGAACAAGGACGCAGUUCCGGCGCCUCCUGCGGCCGAGGAGGCGCUCCGGCCCCGGCCUCCCGUGGUGUGUGUGAUGGGGCAUGUGGACCACGGAAAAACUACUCUACUAGAUGCUCUCAGGGACACAGCGGUAGUGGAAACAGAGUUUGGGGGUAUCACUCAGCAUAUUGGAGCUUUUGAGGUGAAACUGCCCAGUGGUGGGAAGGUGACAUUUCUGGACACUCCCGGACACGCGGCCUUCACGUCCAUGAGGAGUCGCGGCGCGCACUCCACCGACAUCGUGGUGCUGGUCGUCGCCGCUGACGAUGGGGUCAUGGAACAAACACUCGAGUCCAUUCGAAUGGCGAGAGAAGCUAACGUUCCUAUAUUGGUGGCCAUCAACAAAAUCGACAAACCAGGUGUGAACGUUGAGCGCGUGUUGCGCGGGCUGGCCCAGCACGGCGUGGUGUGCGAGCAGGCGGGCGGCGACGUGCAGGCCGUGCCGGUGUCGGCGCUGCGCCGCCGGAACCUCCACGCGCUGCUCGAGGCCCUCACCCUGCAGGCGCAGCUCAUGCAGCUCCGCGCCGACCCCGCCGGACAGGUCGAGGGCGUCGUCAUUGAAGCACUGGUCGACCCUAGGACCGGCAAGCAGGCGACGGUGCUGGUGCGGCGCGGGACGCUGCGGCGCGGCUGCACGCUGGUGGCGGGCGCGGGCUGGGCCAAGGUCCGCAUGUUGAGGUCGGCGGAGGGCGCGUCCAUAGACGAGGCGCCCCCCUCCAGCCCCGUGGUGGUGCUCGGCUGGAGGGAGCUGCCUGCCGCCGGGGACCUGGUGCUCGAGGUCGCCUCUGAGAAGCGCGCGGCGGAGGUGAUGCGGUGGCGCGCGGCGCAGCGCAUGAAGGAGAAGCAGCAGUCCGACUCGGAAGUUAUCGAAGCCAAGAUGUCGGAGCACCAGCAGCGGUACCGGGCCAUGCUGUCCCGGAAGCGGGCGAUGGGCCGCUACAAACUGAAGCCGGAAGGUCCGCGGGAGAAAAUGAUCAAGGAGGACACGCAUCCCGCGCUCAACGUCAUCGUCAAAGGCGACGUGGAUGGUUCAGUGGAGGCCAUCCUGGACAUCCUGGACACGUACGACGACCACGAGCGGGUCCGACUCGAUCUCGUGCACUUUGGCGUGGGACAGGUCACGCCCAACGACCUGGAGAUAGCGGAAGCCUUCAACGCUAUAAUAUACGCGUUCAACGUGGAGUGCCCGCCUGCGGUCGCGGCGGACGCCAAGGACCUCAACAUCUCCGUGAGGAAACACAACGUCAUAUACCGGCUGGUGGACGACGUCAAGCAGGAGAUCACCGCCAGGAUACCGGUCACGCAGACCGAGGAAGUCAUCGGCGAAGCCAACGUGCUGCAGGAGUUCAUGGUGUCGGAGGGCAGGAGGAAGGUGCCGGUGGCGGGCUGCCGCUGCGUGCGGGGCUCGCUGGCCAAGAACGCGCUCUACAAGAUCAUCAGGGGACAGGAAACCGUCUUCGAAGGUAAACUGGUCUCGAUGAAGCACCUGAAGGAGGAGGUGCCGACGAUAAAGCGCGACCAGGAGUGCGGCCUGAAGUUCGACGACCCCGAGGCGCGCGUGCAGCCCGGCGACACCGUGCUGUGCUACCGCCUGCGGGACGUGGCGCCGCGCACCGACUGGGACCCCGGCUUCUAGCGCCGCACUCCUCGCACCUACCCGUUACACCAUCUGCCGUCUCGCUCACACGACCGUAUUAUCCGACCCGAGGAAACCCUCACUCAUACCCGUUAUAGCAUCUGCCGACUCGCUCAAUCGACCGAACACUUAACCAGACACUUUAUUAUCGCCGAGAAUCCCAAGAACAAUGAUGUCUCGGCGGAACAUGACGUUUUACGGAUGACGUCAUUUGAGGCUAAAAUAAAGUAAGCUUGAAUUGUACUGGCUGUGCGAUGUUGGCCUGGACUUAGCAUCACCCCGUCUCUCUCCGUUGGUGUCGUAAUGCUCGACCGGGAGAUACAUCGGAGUAGGGCGCCACCACAGCCCCAGUUCUGCCGCGAAGUACCGCGACCCCGUUUGAAUGGUGGAACAGCUAUACAAUGCAAUCGACACUCCGACCUCAUGUCUCAAGGCGAGUGGCGACAUUCAAGUCGUGCCGCCCAUGGGCUUGUCCGGUGACAGCUUUGUAAAAAAUACACUAAUAU